AUGUCUCUCGCUCUCUCCGACAACCUGGCUCCUCAGCCGAUGACCGAUGUCUUCACCUCGGACACCAACAUUGACCGCCGCAAGUGCCACCGCACUGUGCCCAUGAAGGUGCUGGCUCUGGGUGUUGGCCGUACCGGUACUGCCUCUCUCCGCAAGGCCCUCGAGCGCCUGGGCUACGGCAAGUGCUACCACAUGAUGUGCGCCAGUGUUGAGAACCCGCCGGACUGCCUGAUGUGGCACGAUGCCCUGAACGCCAAGUACAAGGGCGAGGGCGAGUUCGGCCGCAAGGAAUGGGACCAGCUUCUGGGUGACUGCCAGGCCGUGUGCGACUGGCCUGCCUGCGCUUUUGCUAAGGAGCUCAUCGAGGCCUACCCCAACGCAAAGGUCAUCCUGACCACCCGUGAUGUCGACCCGUGGCACGCUUCCGUCAUGAAGACCGUCUACUGGCGUGUCAGCGACCCCGAGCACAAGUUCGUCUCGAACUUCAGCUGGGCCGCCGGAAUGUACUAUCCCAUGCUCAACAAGUUCUUCGAGACUUUCUUCCGUGGUGACUUCCCCGGUAAGGGGAAACAGGUCUACAACGAGCACGUUGCCGAGGUUCGCAGCUUGGUGCCUCCGGAGCGUCUGCUGGAGUACAACAUCAACGACGGCUGGGGUCCACUGUGCGAGUUCCUCGGCGAGGAGACUCCCGACACCCCCUUCCCUCGCGGUAACGACAUGGCCGACUUCUACAAGCGAUGCAGUACCCGCAACCGCCACCAGAUGAUGAACGCUGCCCUCCAGGCCCUCACCAUGGGUGGUACCCUUCUGGCCACUGGCCUCGCUGCCACCAUGGCCUGGAAGCGCUUCGUGAAAUAG